AUGCGCCUUCACGCAUGGCCUUCUUACUUGGCUCUUCGUUCUACGUCAAAUAAAUCGUCAUUGAUUCGACUGUCCUACAACUGUCACGUACAUCGUACAGUUUGCCACCAUGCGCGCCGACCCCCCGUCCACCGUGUAGCCCCCAAGAUCCACAUACGAGGCGCCAAGACUAAAACGACAGUGAAGCUCAAGGACCUACCUCAAGGUGUUCUCAAAUUAGAUUCAUACGACGAUCGGGUGGACAAUGCACCCCAAUAUCCAACGGUGGUGCAGGGGCAUCGAAAUAACAUGCAGAAAUUCCAAAAUUGUGUCGUGUUGACGCGCGUAGGGGGUUUCUACGAGCUCUAUUUUGAACAAGCGGAGGAGUUUGCACCUUUACUCGGCCUCAAGCUCGCAACCAAAAAGACCAAUGGAGGGCCAGUACCCAUGGCCGGAUUUCCCUUUUUCCAAUUGGAUCGCUUUCUCAAGAUGCUCGUUCAAGACCUGAACAAGUACGUUGCUAUCAGCGAAGAGUUCGCUGCCAGUGCGGAAGACAAAGCAAGCACCGGGGGCCUCCUGUUUGAUCGAAAGGUCGCGAGGAUUAUUACCCCUGGUACCCUGAUUGAUGAAAAGUUCAUUGAUCCUUCGGAGCAUAACUUCCUGCUUGCGAUUUACUUCGAUGUCCCCGCGUUGGAAUCACAGUUGCAACAACAUACAGAGAAAGAUGGAGCAUCAUCCAAUCAACAUGUUCUAUCUUCUGUGCCCCAUCAAGUAGGGCUAUCAUGGUUAGAUCUUUCGACGGGUGACUUCUAUACCCAGCUCACGACUACUCAAAUGCUGCCGUCUGCCAUUGCUCGUAUCGGAGCUCGCGAGAUAGUGGUGGAUCAAAAUGUACAAGAUGUUAUUGGACAUGAACUGCAAAUGUUGGUUGGGCAUGAUCAUCGUCUUGUUACCUUUUUCCCAUUUCCCAAGCUGUUUCAUCCAAUAUCGGAAUGGGGACCAAUGCUAGAAUCUCCUGUUCCAGAAAACUCACGCGCCUCGUUCACCGACGAAGAAGUCGCAGCUGGUUAUAGUCUUCUUGAGUAUACCCGUGUACAAUUGCAAGGGACAAAUCUCAAGCUUCAACCACCCAUCCGCCGGCAUUUGAACGAGUCUAUGAGUAUUGAUCGUAACAGUCUGAGUGGCCUGGAAAUAUUAGAGACCGCGCGCGACGGAUUUGGGAAGGGGAGUCUCCUCCACGCCGUGCGAAGAACUUCUACUAAGAGUGGAGCAAGGCUUUUGCGGGACCGACUGACCUCUCCAUCUACGUCGUUGCAAGUCAUCAAUGAGCGUCUGGAGCUUGUCUCAAUUUUCAUUGAACAUUCUGGACUAAGAGAUAGUAUCAUUCAACUACUCAAACGCAGCUAUGACUCUCAGCGAUUGGUCCAAAAAUUUGCGUUUGGUAAAGGCGACCCAGACGACCUGAUAUGUCUCUCCCGGGCCAUUGAAGCUUCAAAGGAAGUCAGACAAGUCCUUUCUGAACAUAGCAGGCUGACUACUUCGACCAAUACCUCCGACUCAAACCACAGCAUUUCCUCCAUGAUCUCCCGCCUAUACCUCGAUGGCCCUUCUGUCCUGGCUGAACAAAUUCUGGCCGCCAUUGACGAAGAAGGACUUUUACAAAAACAGCGCAUCGAAGAUAGUACCGCUGCCGAGGCAGCAAGUCUGGCAGAAAAGGUCACUAUGGACGAAGGUACACCGAGCGAUCUAGAAGCACUCCCCAAAAAGGUCCGAGCGAAGAAAGCCGAGCGCCCUGUUGCAGUCGAUUCUGAAUCUGGUCCCCCUGAUACAUGGAUCAUGAGACGUGACGCCAGUAAAACCUUGAAUAACCUUCACACAAAACUGGAAGACUUGAGCAACGAAAAGGUGACUCUUACCCAGAAACUCCGCGAGGCAGUUGAGUCAACAGCGCUCAGUCUGAAAUGGACCCCAGGACUGGGCCACAUUUGCCAUGUCAAAGGGGCGAAGAUAUCACAGCAAUCAUUGGAAGACUUGGGGGUCACCCGGAAUGUCUCGUCGACCAAGUCCACCCGUUCAUUUUACCUGCCAGCUUGGACGGAGCUAGGAACUAAAAUGGACCACGUGAAGAUCCGAAUCCGUCAAGAAGAGCAAGCAAUCUUCGAAAGUCUCCGCCGGAAAGUGAUUCUCAAUUUGGUCAAAAUCCGCCGAAACGCAGCCGUCAUGGACGAACUGGACGUCGCUUGCUCGUUCGCUGUAUUGGCCGAAGAGCAGCAAAUGGUGCGACCUAUACUCAACGACGGAACCCAGCACAAGAUCGUUGGGGGAAGACAUCCAACUGUCAAGUUGGGUCUCGAAGAGCAAGGUCGCUCAUUCGUGAGCAAUGAUUGUUUCCUCGGUGACUCUCAGCGAAUAUGGCUUAUCACUGGGCCAAACAUGGCAGGCAAAAGUACAUUUUUGCGACAAAACGCAUUGAUUACCAUCCUCGCGCAAGUGGGAUCCUUCGUCCCUGCCGCGUAUGCCGAGAUCGGCAUUGUCGAUCAAAUCUUCAGUCGCAUUGGCGCAGCCGACGACCUCUUCCGGGACCAAUCCACAUUUAUGGUAGAAAUGCUGGAAACCGCUGCCAUCCUAAAGCAGGCCACACCCAAGUCAUUUGUCAUUAUGGAUGAAGUAGGCCGUGGCACAACGCCUGAAGAUGGCACCGCUGUCAGUUUUGCUUGCCUUCACCAUCUACACUACCACAAUCAGUCCCGCGUACUUUUCGCGACUCAUUUCCAUGCCCUCGCAGACAUGACACAGAAGUUUGAGAAAUUGGAAAGGUACUGUACCGACGUGAAGGACUUGCCCUCUGGUGCCUUUUCAUUUGUUCACAAACUUCGGAAGGGUGUGAACCGCGAGUCUCAUGCUUUGAAAGUUGCUCAGCUGGCUGGGUUGCCUAAACAAACCCUGGAGCUAGCUCAACGAGUUCGUGAGGAAAUUCGAGGCGAAGCAACCCCGUCGAAUAUCGAGUGA